AGUGGUUUCAAUGUAAUAUUGUGCAGUGGUUCAGUUAAAACAUACAAGAGGCUCUGUUGUAUUGAGAUGUUUUUUCUUUGAUGGGGAUAAUGGGAAAAUAAUGGCGAAAGGUCAAACCACGGCCUUUAUCGCUAAAGGGUGGAAAUUCUCACUGCUACUAUUUCCUGAAACUGGAACAAAGCGUGUUGAAAAAUUAAGGUAAACAUGUGAUAAGGGCAGUUCAUGAUGAUAAGCCCGAGUGUGGGCGCUGCCAUUUCAUAACUCCGUUACUUUGGUUGCGUUUUUGUUAAAAUGGCUGUCUCGCUGAUUCAGUUAUCAGGCCUCAUGUUGUCUGUGUUGGGCCAGUUUUUAAUAUCAGCUGCCACAGCGAUGGACAUGUGGAGCUUACAAGACCGGUCUUUUACAAUAGUAACAAAUGUUUACACCUAUUCUGGUCUGUGGAAUUCGUGUGUAGGAACAGCAUACGGUACAACGCAAUGCAGGCCGUAUUUUACCAUCCUCGGACUGCCAGCCCUUCUUCAAGCUGUACGUGCAUUGAUGAUUGUUGGCAUUGUUCUCGGAGCGAUCGGCUGUCUUACCGGCAUUUUUGCCCUGAAAUGCCUGAAGAUGGGGAACAUGGAGGACAACAUCAAAGCCACAAUGACCCUGACAGCCGGGAUCCUGUUUCUUCUUGCAGGUGUCUGUGGCAUUGCUGGGGUAUCGGCCUUCGCUAACUUGAUUGUUCAAAGUUUUGAAUUCACAACAUAUGCAAGUGGAUUCAGCACUACUAUUGGUGGACUCACCGGAGCUCUAGCUCCAAGGUAUACGUUUGGCCCGGCUCUGUUCGUCGGUUGGAUCGGUGCAGCCGUUCUGUUCAUUGGAGGCAUCUUCAUGUGUCUUGCCUGCCGUGGAAUGAGUCCAGAGAAGAAGCAGCGGUAUGAUGGAAUGUCGUACAAAGCGCCAUCUCACAUCUACAAGGUGGACUCGCGAGCCCGGCCAGCCUACCAUGACUCAUACAAGGCCCAGAGUGUUGAAGGGAGACAGUCCAACCAGAGAUUUGACUAUGUGUAGAGAGAUGUUGUUUAUGAUCAGCAGCUCUGUGAACCAUUCAGCUGUCUGGGUGGAGAAGCUUUUUUUUUAUUACUCCACUGUACUUUAGGUUGACCAAUUGUAAAACUGUAUUUUUUUUCUUGUACAGGUUUUGCCUAUAAUCAUUAUUUUUCAUUGCUGUUUUGUAGUUCUU